AUGGCAGGUGGGUAUCCCGCCACCAGGGGCAAUGGCAGGCGAGUUGCCGCAACCAGGGUCAUUGGAAGCAGAGUCUGUGGCUGCGAGGCGCUGUGCUGUUUGCCCGCAGGAGACAGACUCCUGGACAUCCCGUGUAAAGUCUGCGGCGACAGGAGUUCCGGGAAGCACUACGGCAUAUACAGCUGCGACGGUUGCUCGGGCUUCUUCAAGCGCAGCAUCCACAGGAACCGGGUGUACACGUGCAAGGCGGCGGGGGACCUCAAGGGCCGCUGCCCCAUCGACAAGACGCACCGCAACCAGUGCCGCGCCUGCCGCCUCAACAAGUGCUUCCAGGCGGCCAUGAACAAGGACGCAGUCCAGCACGAGAGGGGUCCCCGCAAGCCCAAGCACCCGCCCCACCACGCCGCCGCCCCCGGGGGCGGCAAGGACGCUCACCACCACCACCACCACCACCACCCGCACCACCACCACGCGCCGCCCCCGGGCCUGCUGCUGCCGCCGCCGCCGCAACAACCCCCGCCGCCGGCGGCCGUGUCGCACGCCGACGCAAUCGCCGUCAACAAGCUGCUGUUCGGCGCGGCGCCGCCCCCGCCUCCCCCGGCCGCCGCCUCCGCCGCCAAGCUGCAGGACGAGCCGCCCCCGGCCGUGUUCCUGGCGGCGGCGCACCACCCGCCGCCCCCGCCCGGCCUCCUGCACAUUCUCAUGUCGGCCGAGAAGUGCCAGGAGUUCAUCUGGAGCGCCAAGCUGAGCGACGUGGAGCGCAUGGGAGUCGCCGCAGUCCCUCAGCCCAGCGCCCUGCCCCUCGCCCUGACGCCCACCUGGGAGGUGCUGCAGGAGACGACGGCGCGGCUUCUGUUCAUGGCCGUGCGCUGGGUCCGCUGCCUGGCGCCGUUCCAGACCCUCUCCAAGAGAGACCAGCUGCUGCUGCUCCAGGAGUCCUGGAAGGAACUGUUCCUGCUGCACCUGGCCCAGUGGUCCAUCCCGUGGGACCUGUCCUCGCUGCUGGGCUGCAGCAAGGCGCGCGACCGCCUGCCCCACGACGACCUCACCAACUACGAGAUCAAGACCAUCCAGGAGAUCAUGGGAAGGUUUCGCCAGCUGUCGCCAGACGGCAGCGAGUGCGGCUGCAUGAAGGCUGUUAUCCUCUUCACGCCAGAGACGCCGGGGCUGUGCGACGUGCAGCCGGUGGAGAUGCUGCAGGACCAGGCGCAGUGCAUCCUGGGCGACUACGUGCGGUCGCGCCACCCGCGCCAGCCGACCCGCUUCGGCCGCCUGCUGCUGCUGGUGCCGGGACUGCGGGCGGUGCGGCGCGCCACCGUCGAGCGCCUCUUCUUCACCGAGACCAUCGGCGACAUCCCCAUCCAGCGGCUGCUGGGCGACAUGUACCACAUGGAGAAGUACACGUAG